GGAGGGGGCGACCCUGGGCUGGGAAGCAGUCGCCGCCCCUCCGCCCGCCUUGCCUCCUUCCCUCCCAUCCAAGCCGCGUCUGCCUCCCUCUGCUCUCGGUCUGCUCUCCGGCGGGGGCUCGGAGGGGACGAUGCAUCGGGCGGUGCUCUCCCUGGCGGCUCUGCUGGGCAGCCUCCUCCUCUGCCUCUGCCUCGCCUGGCUCUCCGCCGACGGCUCCAGCGGGGCGAGGGGCUGGGAGAAGGAGGUCCGAGCCACGACGGCGGAGAGCAGCCCCCGAGUCAUGAUGAUGAUGAUGAGGUCCCUCCGGUCGCCCAGCGCGCCCCUCCGACGCCCUCCGCCGGGGUCGCUUGCCCCCAACAGAACACCUUCUAAUCAAACGGGGACUCAGAAGUCUGAGCAAGUCUCAAAAUGCAAAGAAAUGUGGAACAACAAUUGGUCAUCAUCUAUCAAGAAGAAAAGGUAUUCUGAAGACUAUUAUUUGCAGAUAGUUGGGAAACUACAGAACUGUACGUGGAAGAAGAGACCACAAGAAUAUGCCAAAUUCAGGUCAGAACUCACUUCAUGCUGUGAUGCCAUCCACAACUUUAUCUCUUCUCAAAACAAUACCCCACUGGGAAGCAAUAUGAGUUAUGAAGUGGACAAUAAGAAAACCAUUCAUAUCACAGAGGAAAUAUUCAAAAUGCUGCCUGAGUCACAGCCUCUGGAUUAUCCCUUCAAACAAUGUGCAGUGGUUGGUAAUGGUGGGAUUCUGAAGAACUCCAACUGCGGAGCUGAGAUUGACAAAUCAGACUUUGUAUUUAGGUGUAAUCUUCCCCCGACUGAGGGAAGUGUCAGUCAAGAUGUGGGCAAUAAGACAAACCUUGUGACUGUCAACCCGAGCAUCAUAGCUCAGAAGUAUAAUAAACUGAAUGAAAAGAAAGCCACUUUCCUGGAAAACAUUGCAAGCUAUGGAGACGCAUUCCUUUUGUUACCAGCUUUUUCCUUCAGGAGCAACACUGCCACUUCGUUCAAAGUACACCACACUCUGAGAGAGUUCAGCGCAAAGCAGAAGGCCAUCUUUUUCUACCCCAGAUACCUAAAAAAUCUAGCUCAGUUCUGGAGGACUAAGGGCGUCAAAGCUUACCGGUUGUCAUCGGGUUUUAUGAUCACCAGUGCUGCUGUGGAACUGUGUGAGAACGUGAAGCUAUAUGGCUUCUGGCCUUUCUCAAAAAGCAUAGCAGGCAAUCCUAUAAGCCACCACUACUAUGACAACCAGCUACCUAAGCCUGGAUUUCACGCAAUGCCCAAAGAGUAUAACCAAAUUCUCCAGCUCCAUGGAAGAGGAAUCCUCAAGCUACAGCUUGGCAAAUGUCACACUGAGUAAUCCAAGAGAUAGAAAAUACGUGUACACCCUUGUGGCUUGAUGUUGGAUUUGAUCAAAUGUCAACUUGUGAGCAUUAUUUGUGCCGUUAUAAUCGGAAAUAUUUUGCACUUAAAGACGGUGGUCUUAUUUCUUUUUUGGUAAUUAUAGUGAUGUCUGUGAUUUUAGAUUCUUGAAAUCUGACCUUUUUUUUUACAUAGAUAAAAUUUUUCAAACCCCAGAAUUUCCUCUAUAAGAUAACAAAGCACAAUGUCAGGAUGGUUGCUGUCAAUAAUGGAAAGGUCUUGCUUUUUUAGGUGUUAUAUCUGUAAAUAUAUUUACUGUUUCAUUUAUGCCAUCUAAGAUGGUAGAAGGUUGAAUGUCUUUGUAUGCUACUGUGUAACUGCAACCUUUUGGCUGGUCUGCAAAUAAUUAUGCUGGGUUAGACAUUCAAUCGUGAUUCUUCCACUUGUAGUCUGGAGUGGUACAGUCCACAGUUAUAAUAGAAGAUAUAGAAGAUGGAUGAACUAUUGCAUAAAACAGUGAACGAGAUACUGUUUGUUGUUUAUUUAUUCAGUCACAUCCGAGUCUACGUGACCUCAUGGACCAGCCCACGCUGGAGCUCCCUGUCGGCUGUAGCCACCCCCAGCUCGUUCAAGGUCAAGCCAGUCACUUCAAAGAUACCAUCCAUCCAUCUUGCCCUUGGUUGCCCCCUCUUCCUUUGUCUUCCAUUUUCCCCAGCAUCAUCGUCUUCUCCAAGCUUUCCUGUCUUCUUAUUCUGUCACCAGAGUACUUAAUCUUUGUCUCUAAUAUCCUUCCCUCCAGUGAGAUACAGUAUCAGUAUCAGUGAGAUACUGAUAAUCAGAAACAAUCUAUGAUGCGGUGCCAUUUCAGGGUGAACCCCUCCUCCCUGGAUUGUCCCUUAACUUUAGUACCUCGUCCACUAUUUUAUGCAAUAGCUCAACCAUCUUCUUGAACAGUUAUUUAGUUAUAUGUAUGUAAUUAAGUAACAUCUCCUGGCCUUGAUCUCCUAAGUUCACCUUAAAAGCCAGCAGUCACAAUGAGCAGAGUGCAAAAUAGAUGGAUUUUCCAUGAAUGGAUUCACCAAAAAGGAGAACUACAAUGAGAAAUUAUGAUUGGAAUACAACUUCUGAUCCCCACAGCCUUGCUUGCUGUUGAAAGAGAACUGGAAACACGAUCCUAUUUGGGUUGCUGUGAAUUUUCUGGGCUGUAUGUCUAUGUUCCAUUCUGUCCUGACAUUUCACCCACAUCUAUGGCAGGCAUCCUCAGAAAUUGUGAGGUUCAAAUCCACGGGAUGGGAAGAGCUCCUGUUGUUAGCCCCAGUCUCUGCCAAUCUAGCAAUUCAAAAACAUGCAAAUGGGAGUAGAUCAAUAGGUACCCCUUCGGCGGGAGGGUAACAGCACUCCAUGCAGUCAUGCCAUCCACAUGACCUAGGAGGCCUCACAACCUCUAAGGAUGCCUUCAAUAGAUGUGGGUGAAAUGUCAGGAGAGAAUGUUUCUGGAACAUAGCCAUACAGCCCGGAAAACUCAGAGCAAUCCAGUAAUUCUGGCCAUGAAAACUUUCGACAACACAUCAUCCUAUUUAUUUGUUUAUUUGACUUCCUGCUUUUCUCCCAAAUGGGACUCAAAGCGGUAUAUAAUUUAAAUGAAAAUAGAACUAAAGCAAUAUGGCAUACAGAAGUUGUAACUUCUGAGUCUGAGAAAUUAAUUGGAUGGAGAGAAAGUCCCCUCCUGAAAAUUAUGGGGAGAUACAGGAUUUUAAAUAGUUUGGACCUAAGCUGUAUAGAGCUUUCUAGAUCAAAAUCAUGCUACCUAGUGCAGUUGCUAGCAGUGAGGUGGGGAUGGGCAUUUUGCCACAGUUUCAUCGUAUAUACAAUAUACAAAUAUGUAUUAAUCUUGAUAGUUUUUAUAGUGAGUCAUGUUUAAUUACAUUCCAAGGGGGUGACUUUUCCAACAUCAGUCUUGUAAUACCAUCAGAAUACUCAGAAAUAGUUUUGCCAGUUCCUUUCUCUGAAAUAUAAUUACAGUAACUGGUAUUAAUUGAUGGUCUCCCAUUCAAGUCAUACGCUGAGCUAAUCCUACUUAGCUUCCAAGAUUAGACAAGAUCUGGUGCCUUUAAGGUAUUUAGGCCUAAAUAGAUAUAUCUAUAACUAUUUGAUAUAUGUUGUCCGGAAAAUAAUUCAUAUCAGGCUCUUAAGUUUAAAUUCUUAAUGUUCUUUUCAUUAAACUACCUAUUACAAUUAAAUUAUUAAAAGACCUUGAUUAAAUUUCUUUCUUUUAACAGGAGCCAAGGGAGAUUAACUUACAUAAUGCAGUCAAAUAAAAACAGUGAUAUACCCUCUGGGCACCAUUUCCAGAAAAUUUAUGGAAUUCUAUUAAUCUAACAAGGAAAAUAUCUGCAGAACCCGGGUAAUAACUUUCUGGAUUAAGUGGCUCAAGGAGGAAAAAAGAAAGAGGUAGGGCUCUGUUUACAUGGUGUAGCAAUUUUCAGAUGUGAAUGAUAUUCAUUGACAUUCACAAACUGGACUCUCCUUUGUCUAUCAUGCAAAAAACUAGCCACCGCCCAUGAUUGGGAGGAGGAUCAUAGAAUCAUAGAGUUGGAAGAGACUUAGAGUUCCAACAUAGAGUUGGAAGGGCCAUCUAGUCUAACCCUCUGCCAAGAAGGAGGAAAAUUGCCCCCAGAGCACCCAUGACAGAUGGUCAUCCAGCCUCUGCUUAAAAGCCUCCAAUAAAGGAGCCUCCACCACACUUAACCUCUGUUAAGCUCUGAGCUUUAAACAGUUGUUUUUUGGACUUCAACACCCAGGUUUCUUCAGUCAGCAUGAGCCAUGGACUUCAAAAGCAUUUUUAGAGAGACUUUUGGGGCCAGGGGGACUACAUUUUCUGAAUACUCUGGCUAGCAUUGCUAGUGGUUGUGCUAACUAUGAGUUUCUAGGAGUCAUGCAGGUGGCAUCAUAUAGGGAACUGUCUAUAUCAGGGGUCCUCAAACGUUUUAAACAGAGGGCCAGAUCACAGUCCCUAAAACUGUUGGAGGGCCAGAUUAUAUUUGAAAAAAAAAUGAAUGAAUUCCUAUGCACACUGACAUAUCUUAUUUGUAGUACAAAACACACUUAAAACAAUACAGUAAUUAAAAUGAAGAACAAUUUUAACAAAUAUAAACUUAUUAGUAUUUCAAUGGGAAGUGUGGGCCUGCUUUUAGCUGAUGAGAUAGGAUUGCUGUUGUUGUUGUGUGCUUUCAAGUCAUUUCAGAUUUAGGUUGACCGUGAGCGAGGGCCGGGUAAAUGACUUUGGAGGGCCGUAUCCGGCCCUUGGGCCUUAGUUUGAGGACCCCUGCUCUAUAAUCACUCAAUUUGUUAUCUUAUGAUUAUAUUCGGGCACCAUUAACACUAUCACACAGCAGUUUUGAAGUGGAACAUAGACCAGUAGAUAUGUGGUUUGUAUCAAUGGCAUGGCAGUGAGUUUUGGAGUAAACCAUGAUAACCCCCAUAGCCAUUCUCCAAAGAAAGUCUAAAAAUGCAACCAAUAUAAUGGUAUAUUAUGGCUGGGAAAUCAUUUCUUUUCCUCAGAAUUGAGAGACAGCAGAGAAAUUUGCAUAGGAGGACACAGGAAGUACUGGGCUUAUAAACAAAACAAAAUAGUGCUUCCCUUGCUAGCCCUAGAUCUGCUAUACCACUGUUUGCAUAUUUGUUUUUCCCCCUUGCUUGUUGCAGUUUUUGGAACUCAUAUCAUCAACUGCAAAGCUAAUUAUUAUUAUACAGGGAUCCAUUAUAGCAGAUAGCAUGGAGGAUCUAGGUGGAUUCCUGUGUCUGCCAUGCUGACAUACAGUAGCCCUAGUUACAUCUAUGUACUUAAUUUUAUGAAGAUUAUGGAAGGAGGUAUCCAGUACCUCAUUGUGCAACUCCCCUUGCCCUGGGCUUGCAACAGCAGAUGGGAGCCUUCAGGAAGCAUCUCCAUCCUGUGAUCUGUCUUCUGUCCUAUUGCAUGUCCAGAGAAGAAGCUGAGAGGGAAGGAGGACCACUAAUACUAAUAAUAAAUUUUGUUUGUACCCCGCUACCAUCUCCCCAAAGGGGACUCAGGGCAGCUAACAAGAGGCCAAGCCCAAAAUUACAGUACAGCAAAAUAAAAUGGUUGAAAUAACAACCUUGGGGGAAUGCCAUACAUACAAUGGUAGAGAUUUGAUGCUCUGGUGGCUGUUGGAUCUUGACAAGGCUUGUCAAGUCAGGACCAUUCCACACUUUGAGAUUUCAGGCCUACAAUUGACUCGUUGUAAUUCUCAGGAGGCUAGCACUGGUCAUGUUAUAAGGAUGAUAUUACAAAAGACAGCCAUCACAACUGCACAAAGUAGGCUAGUCAGAUGAAAAACCCUCAAAUGAGAUUCUCCAUCAGUGGUAUAGUUACACUUCAUGUUCUGAUCCAACCCUGAAACCCACCUUGGAAGUCAGUCUGCCAUCCUAAGCAAUGGAGUUUUGUUGGAUGCUUUGGAUUAUGUCACAAGCCUCCCCCACUGGUGAGUGACAGUGCCAACAGGAACCCCUGCAAAGUCUAGUCACAGCUCUGUUUCUGGUGAGAGAAACAUCAUUUGACUGCCUCUCACUCAGCAUAAUCGCUGUAUUUGGAAUGAUGGGCUGGCUUUUAAGGUAGACAGGUUUGUAUGGCAAUGGUACCAUGCGUGCAAAUGUGAAAUAGUUAUACAGUUGUAAGUAUAUUGUUACUAACUUAAUAAGAUGCCAGAUACCAAGUCUAUUAAAAGUGUGCUUAUAUAUUGACAUGCUUUACAAGGCAGUACUGCUGUUCUGAGAUUCUUUCGCCUCACGGAAGAGACUGGAGAAGAGGAUUCAAGCUCUGAGGUCAAGAAACCCUGAUUUCAAUCUUGGAAUCCAUUUAUUCUUAAACACUCUUAAUGGUUAAAGACUUUUGACACUUAAUGACUUCAACUUGUGUCUGAUUUUUAAACGGUUUUGUUUUGACUUGUCAAAUUAUUUGAUAUGCCUUUAUUUUGUUGAUCUUCUACUGUUUACAUUUCAAAUUGUUUUAAAAUGUUCUUAAUUGCUUUUAUUUGUACACUACCCUGAGAACCCACAACAGAGGACCAAACAACAUAAAUAUUUUAAUAAAAUAAAUGUUUAAAGA